CUAAAAUAUUACUAUAAAUGGAUUUGCUGCUAAAUGAAACGUAUGUAAAGUUUGUAACCCAUUUCAAUACCCAGUAUAAGAGCAACUAAGAAUCGAUAUUCAUAACAUGCCCAACGUUCAUUCAUUUGGCCACGUUCUUGAUCUAUAUCCCACUACCAGACGUGAAAGAAUAACAAUUCCGUGUUAUGGAAAAUCCUGCUGUCACCGAUCCACCUCCAGAAAAAUCGAUCAUUAUUUUCGGACGAGAUGUGAGCACAAUUCCGUGCUUUCGGAAUAGCUUUCUUUAUGGAAUCAGCAUCGGAAUGGGUAUAGGAUUUUUAGCAUUUAUGAAAACUUCUCGUCCGCAGCUUUCAACGCACAUCGGGUUUGGUUCAUUUAUGGCCGUCACUUUAAGUUAUUGGUUUCCUUGCCGCUAUCGAUGGUCCAAGCAAAAGUUUGAUGCAGCACAAUUACAGCAGGCUUUGCAAAAGCAGGCAAUCUUCGAAGGAACAGAAAAGGAACGAGAACUUGUCGCUCAACCUUGAACAUGUCCCAGAAGCGGUAUCGCUGAAAUAUUAGCCAAAAUUAUCAUCCUCUCCGUUCUGCUUCCAAGUACGAUGGAUAAAUUAUUCCUUCAUUAGCCUAUGAGUGAUCAACCUAUUAAUUAUUCCAUUCCGAAAGCA